AUUUAUUGCAAUUUAUCAGACCAAAAACUAUUCCCCUAACAUGAAGAGAGCAACCCUGAAAUCCUUUUCAUGACAUAGAUGAGUAUUCAAGGUCAUUAGUCACUUUGCCAAGGGUGGCAGCUCUUCUUAUUCCUUCCAUGACCAUUCUUCCUCCCAAGUUUCAUCCGAUUUCCCCGACACCUCUGCAACUCUCCACUGACCCCACAUCAUCUCCCCCAAAAAAAAUUCCCGCAAACAUGGCAGUAGUACCAACCUACUACUCAAAAACUCUAAUAUGUCUUUCACUUUUUCUUUUCCUCUCGAUCCCCGAAACAAACUCCGCCCCAUUAUAUUCGUACAGCAGCUGCGAGAAGUACGUCGUGGAUGCCAAUACGACGUACGCAACCAACAUCAAAACCCUCCUCCGCUCGCUCUCCUCUAGAACCACCACCCUUCCUUCAGGAGGCUUUUAUAGUACAUCCGUCGCCAACACCACGGCAUAUGCAGUCUACGGCCUCUUCCUCUGUCGGGGAGACCAGAACGCCACCGGCUGUGGCGACUGUGUCGAAACAGCUGCGACCGCGGACCUACCAAACACAUACUGCCCCGGCUCUAUCGAGGCAGUGAUAUGGUACGAUGAGUGCAUGUUAAGGUACUCCAACAAGUCCUUAUUAGGUGUUGCGACAACAAACCCUCAGGGAUACAUAGUGGGCACAGAAAGCCACCUCGGAGACAAAACCACCUUCACCAGCGUCAUGUACACAACGAUGAAUAGUAUAUUGGCUGAGACGGCUAGUAAUCAAUCAGGGAAGAAAUAUACUACGAAGAUGGUAAGCGUCACGAAUUCGAUCCCCUUGUACGCGCUGCAGCAGUGUACCCCGGAUUUGAGGCCCGGUGAUUGUAGCAGCUGCCUGAGGAUAGCCAUUGAUCAGCUGGCUCUCUACAGUAGUUCACGGACUUUAUUGCCUAGUUGUAAUGUUCGGUAUGAGUCUUUCCCGUUUUAUAUUGGUGCCCCUACUUUCUUGCCAUUAACACCUGCUGCGGCGAAGUCCCCCAAUAGUGGUAAAAACAAAGUAUCGGCAACGGUGAUCGUUGCUAUUCUUUUGCCUGUGGUGGUGGUAGCAACUAUCAUAGUUGCUCUGGCAAUCUGUUUUGUAAAGAAGAGAUCUAAAAACUAUAAUGCUGUACCUGUUGGAAGUGGUGAGGAUUUCGCCACCCUCGACUCCUUACAAUAUGAUCUGGAAACACUUCAAUUGGCAACAAAUAGUUUUUCAGAGGAGAAUAAAAUAGCUGAAGGUGGAUUCGGCGGUGUCUAUAAGGGUAUACUGUCAAAUGGACAAGAAAUAGCAGUAAAGAGGCUAUCUAAAAGUUCUGGCCAAGGUGCACAAGAAUUCAAGAAUGAGGUUUUGUUCAUAGCUAAACUUCAGCAUAGAAAUUUGGUGAGACUUUUGGGAUUUUGCUUAGCAGAAGGGGAGAAGCUCCUGGUGUACGAAUAUGUCCCAAAUAAGAGCCUUGAUCAUUUCAUUUUUGAUCCUAAAAAACAAGGACAAUUAGACUGGGUAAAGCGUUACAAAAUUAUAGGAGGAAUCGCCCGUGGAAUGCUUUAUCUUCAUGAAGAUUCCCGACUUCGAAUCAUACAUCGCGAUCUCAAGGCAAGUAAUGUCUUGUUAGAUGCUGAUAUGAAUCCUAAAGUAUCUGACUUUGGCAUGGCAAAGAUAUUUGGCGUAGAUCAAAUCCAAGGAAACACAAGCAGGGUGGUUGGUACUUAUGGCUACAUGUCUCCAGAAUAUGCUAUGCAUGGCAAGUUCUCUGUUAAGUCCGAUGUGUACAGUUUUGGUGUACUUGUCUUGGAAAUCAUCAGCAGUAAGAGGAACAGUAGUUUCUACCAAUCAGGCUAUGCCAAGGACCUUUUAAGCUAUGCUUGGAAGCAAUGGAAAGACGGCAAGCACAUGGAAUUUGUCGACCCGACAAUAAGAGAAUCGUGCUCAAGUAGCGAAGUAUUGAGAUGCAUGCACCUUGGUUUGCUAUGCGUUCAAGAGGCUUUGGAUGAAAGACCUACAAUGGCAAGGGCAAUGCUCAUGUUGGACACUCACUCGACAAUAUUCCCUCCGGUGCCGAAAGAGCCAGCUUUCUUUUCUAGGAGCGUAACAGAAUCAAGUAGUUCUGAGAAAGGCAUUAGUUCAGAUCAAUCAACAAGUAAAUCUGUUCCAUGGUCUGUAAAUGAUAUCUCUGUGUCAGAAGUUGAAGCUAGAUAGGCGUGAGUGCAUAUGGAUGAACAACAUAAGUGAUCAUCACUCACGGGUAAAUUUUAAAUAAUGUGAUGCAAGGUGGAAUAUACCAGAUUUUAUACUAUGAUCUGGGUACUAUUUUUCUUGUUUGUAAUAAUGUAAUAGAAUAACAUGUAACUACGUCUUUUUGUGUAAUUAUUGUAUGCAAUGUAACAUCUGAAUUUUUUUACCCUUAAAAAAACUGUAUAUCACCCUGAAGUUGUAAACA